UUACUAUACAGAGAAGUUAUAAUGUCUGGACGUGGCAAAGGCGGAAAAGUGAAGGGAAAGGCAAAGUCUCGCUCCAGCAGGGCUGGCCUCCAGUUCCCCGUCGGCCGUAUUCAUAGGCUCCUUCGCAAAGGCAACUAUGCCGAGCGAGUCGGAGCUGGAGCUCCUGUUUACUUGGCGGCCGUUAUGGAGUAUUUGGCUGCUGAAGUGUUGGAAUUGGCGGGAAACGCUGCACGUGACAACAAAAAGACGAGGAUCAUCCCACGUCAUUUGCAGCUGGCCAUUCGUAACGACGAGGAACUGAACAAGUUACUGUCUGGUGUGACCAUCGCUCAAGGCGGUGUGCUUCCAAACAUUCAGGCAGUUCUGCUACCCAAGAAGACCGAGAAGAAGGCGUAAACAGUGUCACUCAAUUAAACAAAAAUGGCCCUUUUUAGGGCCGCAAAAUGGUUUAACGUAGAAUAUGCACCUGAUUCACGGUUCGGUCGCUAUGUUCCUUCAUGAUUAUAUUUAUAAAAAAAAUUUAUACAAACUGUACCAAUACGUAAAUUUUAUUGAACUAUUCCACAGGGGCUAUAAGACAGCAUAUUGUCCGAAAAUCAUCUUUAAGGCAUUUAUUAUAGAAUUCUCUUCAUUACACAUAUUUAAUUACAUUAUGACUGAAGUUAGCUUGAUACUAGGAUGCAGUAGGAUUCUCUCUUAGACCUGGAAGAUUUUUAGAAUGAGCUCCCACAGUUACAGUAGAACGUUGCGGAAGCCGCUACUCAUAUCCUCGGCAGGAAUAUAUUUAAAAAAAUUUUUUUUUUAAGUGAAAACGCCUAAUUUGAUUUCAUAUUGAGUUUAAUAUUUUAGUUCUAUCCAAUGGAAUUACCGGUUAUUAGCAUCGGCUUUCUGGUGCUUCUAAUGAUUUUGAUAUAUGGCGGUAGAUAACGUUUAGAAACUGUCUCUCUAUUUCCGUCAUUAUGACUGGCCUAAGAUUUCUUGAAUGUUAAAUGUAAUAAGCUCGGGUUGUAUUACGAGUCUGGUUUUUCAAGAUUACGUAUUAGUAUCGCACCUUUCUGCUAAAUGCCGCCACAAUUUUCUGAUUGUGGGGGAUGAUGAACACGUAGAUUUUUCUCCAUGCAGGAAGCAUGAUAAAGAUUUAAAUUCUGGCGUAAUGCUAAAGUUUUGUUUUUGAACGUUUUAUUCAUUAAUUCCCUUUUACACAGUUAUUCGGACGACUGGCUGAUUGUUAGACGAAUCCACACAGAAAUUCAAACAUUGAGUCGUAUGCCCCGGUGAUAAUAUGGCGGGUUUCAAAACAAUAUUUCUAUUGCGACGGACAAUGCUGUUAACGAGUAAGAAAGUCCUGAAAUAAAUAAAUUAGGAAAUGCUGCAGACGUUAAGAUCAAAUCAUCAAAUGGUGACCUCGGUGUUGGGGAUGAGUUGUCAGUGUCGAAAGUGCUAACUGAUAUUACAGACGAUUUGAAGGAUAUUACCGAUUCUCCGGAAAAAAAAUCUUGAUGACAAAACACGGGAAAUCUUCGGUGUUGAUCCAGCGUUGGACCAAGGAAAAGAAUAGCCUCUCGAUUCUUCGGUGAUAUCCAGGUAGAAGUAUUGGAUUUAACAUGAGGUGAACGCCGAAUAAAAAGAAAAAUUUAUUGCUAAAUACCCUCGUAAAGGGGAAUGCCCAUUAGAUGCUCUCGAGCGAAGUCACAAUGCUGACGGAGUAUAUCAAACAUUACGCCGGGAAAUAUACAUAUGACGACUGGGAUAGGCCACUGCCAUACGUGGAAUUAUCUUAUAAUACAUGCGUAUAUGAGUUGGUGUCAUCGGCACGACCGCAAAGCACCACUGGAGGAAGCCGUCUACGGAGCAAGACGCCGCGAGAUCUUCGAAGAUCCUGAAUGCAUCAGGGAGUUGCAGUGGUGGCCUGGAGCUGCGCAAUGAGGGAUAGUGUGCGGAUGUGAUUCCGCGGAUGGAAAAGCGCAUAAUUCCGAAAAGUAUGGUUUUUUGUAUUCUGAUGUAUUUUGACUGAUGACGAAUAUAUUAGUGGAAAUACCCGCAAAAUUAAUUUAAAAAAAAAAACUAUUUUUCAAGAAAAAAAGACGAUAUAUUUUUCGUUAAAUAUUGAUUGAGGAGAAAAAUGUUUUAAGUGAAAAAUUGUAGCGUGUAAAAGAUUACAUCUUUCAUGUCCUAUGCAUUUUUAUUAUAAAACUAUUAUUUUUCGAGAAAAAUGAGAUAAUGUUCAGAGAAAUAAACAUUCGUAGAAAAAAAUUGUAAUUUGAUGAAUAAUAAGAAUUGUAACAUUUUACCGCGGGAAGGAUGAAAUAGGUUAUGUUAGGGGGAUAUUUGUGAGCGAAGCUCGCAUUCAUUACGUUCAUUAAGUUCCUUAGGUAGGAUAGUUUUUCGCUUAUUUAACAUUAUCUCAUUUUGCGCAAAAAAUAAUUUUUAUUAGAUUAUUUAUUAAGGGGAAUCCACAAAUAAAGAAUAAAGAAUCUAGACUAACGGUUAACUAGCACAAUGUUAAUAAUUUAUAUAUACCUGAUGUACUCGGUGGUAACACUUAAUAAAACAAAAAGAAUUCAGUAUUUAGUCGCAGACAGCCGAUUUGCGAAAAGGGACGACGAGCCUCAUGCGCUUAGAAUCCUCGGUUCCCGUGAAAAGAGAGAGGGGAUACCAGUAGAGUUCCUCUAGCAAGAGUCCGGCCAAUACGUGGAAGGGACGCCAUGUUUAGGGCUAGUUUGGAGCUGCCAUGACAUUGUGCGCGGAUUUUCAAAUUAUUAUGUGUGUUAAACUCAUUAUA